GAGCAGUUGCCAUCUAUGGUAGUUGCUCUGACUCCUUCCACCACCUUCCACCCCAACCACCCCACCGACCCCCUACCCCCACCCCCACCCCACCCACCCACCGCAAACUUCUUUCGUUUCUUCUACGUCAUACAAACAAGUAACAAGUAAACAAUUCUAAUACAACUACAACCAUUACGCACAAAAUACUCAGAAAAAGUCUCCUUUCUCUUAAGUCUUCUCUUGAAUCUUUCUUGAUUUUUGCCCCUAUGUAACACCAUCUGUUUCUUUCCUCCUAUUUACACCUCUAUACAUUCUUCACUCUUUUUUAUGCUACCCCAGAAAUUUGUUACAACUGUUUGUACUCUCUUCACUUCCUGCAGACAUGGAUGUUCUGUUAUUCCUAGUUGUUUCCUUGAUAGUACCGAAGGUUGUUGUAGUAACUGAGGCAAGAUUUAUAGUUGAGAAGAACAGUAUAAGUGUUCUGUCACCUUAUUCAAUGCACUCUAAACAUGAUGCUUCUAUUGGUAACUUUGGUGUUCCUGAUUAUGGUGGCUCUUUAGUUGGAACUGUUGUUUAUCCUAAAAAAGGUGUCAAUGGAUGCAAAGAGUUUGAUGGUGAUAAGCCCUUCAAGUCUAAGGCUCAUCGUCCUAAUAUUCUUCUUCUUGAUCGUGGAGACUGCUAUUUUGCUUUAAAGGUUUGGAAUGGCCAACAAGCUGGAGCGGCUGCAGUUCUAGUUGCUGAUAGCAUAGAUGAGUCUCUUAUAACAAUGGAUUCUCCUGAAGAAAACAUGGAUGCCAAUGGAUACAUCGAGAAGAUUGGAAUACCGUCGGCAUUAAUUGGAAAAUCCUUUGGUGACACGUUGAAAGAAGCUCUGAAGAAGGGAGAGGAAGUUGUGAUCAAAAUGGAUUGGACGGAGUCAAUGCCUCACCCUGAUCAGCGAGUCGAGUAUGAGCUGUGGACUAAUAGCAACGAUGAGUGUGGGGUUCGUUGUGAUGAGCAGAUGAAUUUCAUCAAGAACUUCAAGGGACAUGCUCAGAUACUUGAAAAGGGUGGUUAUACUUUGUUCACGCCACACUAUAUUACUUGGUACUGUCCUGAAGCUUUCAUUCUUACCAGCCAGUGCAAAUCUCAGUGCAUAAAUCACGGGAGAUACUGCGCUCCUGAUCCAGAGCAGGACUUUGGGGAGGGGUACCAAGGUAAGGACGUCGUCUUUGAGAACUUGAGGCAGCUCUGUGUCCACAGAGUUGCAAACGAGAGUAGCCGUUCUUGGGUUUGGUGGGACUAUGUGACGGAUUUCCAUAUCAGAUGCUCCAUGAAGCAAAAGAGAUACAGCAAAGAAUGUGCUGAGGAGGUCAUGAAAUCGCUUGAUUUGCCGGUUGACAAGAUAAAGAAAUGCAUGGGUGAUCCGGAGGCUAAUGUAGAGAAUAAAGUGUUGAAGACUGAGCAAGACCUCCAGGUGGGCCGAGGACCUCGUGGUGAUGUGACAAUCUUACCAACAAUGGUCAUCAAUGAUGUUCAAUAUCGAGGAAAAUUGGAGAGGACUGCUGUUUUGAAAGCCGUAUGUGCUGGAUUUAAGGAGACAACUGAACCUUCGAUAUGUUUAAGCGGAGAUCUUGAAACCAAUCAGUGCCUUGAAAGGAAUGGUGGCUGUUGGCGGGAUCCAAAAUCUAACAUAACUGCCUGCAAGGACACUUUUAGAGGAAGAGUCUGUGAGUGCCCUUUGGUGAACGGCGUUCAGUAUAAAGGAGAUGGAUACACAUCUUGCGAAGCCAUUGGACCCGGAAGGUGUACGGUAAACAAUGGUGGAUGCUGGUCAGAAACCAGAAAUGGAGAAACAUUCUCAGCAUGUUCAGAGGGAGACCUAUCAGGCUGUAAAUGUCCCUUUGGUUUUAAAGGAGAUGGCCAUAAAUGCGAGGAUGUAGAUGAAUGCAAGGAAGGAACUGUUUGUCAGUGUGAUGGCUGCAGCUGCAAGAACAUGUGGGGCGGAUACGAUUGCAAAUGUAAAGGAAAUCAACUUUACAUAAUGGAGCAUGAUACUUGUAUAGAAAGGCACUCAUCAAAGAUCGGACGGGUCCUUAUGUUCUCUUUCCUAGCCAUUGCAGUGGGUGCUGGCGUAGCUGGCUACAUCUUUUACAAGUAUAGACUUCGGUCAUACAUGGACUCGGAGAUUAUGGCCAUCAUGUCGCAAUACAUGCCUCUCGACAACAACCAUCAGAAUCAGGUCGUCCAUCACGAAACUGAACCUCUACGACAGAGCUCAGUAUGAAGAAUGUUGUUUUCCAAGCGCAAACGUUUGAUCCAAAGUUCUCUUGGGAUACUUUUCGACGUCUUGAAUCUUGAAGGAGCAGUGUCAUAUUAGAGGAAAACUACAAUGAGAUCAUGAAAACUGGCUUUUCCAUUUGUGCAUAAUAGAGUUUUUAGAUGUAACUAUUCAUCUGUGUUAUAACAACAUAGAAAAGGACAUAUACUUGGCAAAAGGCAACCCAUGACGUUUUACAUUAUUCAGCAGCUGCCUGUAGUUGAGAUCAGAGGUACAAUAACUUUUGCAUCAAACCUCACUCUAAAUAAGAUACAUUUAAUUUGAAUAAAGAAUGAAUUGUACUUGAAGGAGUAAA